CUCCAAUUGGAAUGUUUCUUUCCACCUCAUUACAUACCUCCUCCCCCGAGCCUUUCACCUCCGUAAACUGUCUUCCGCCCAACUGGACACUGGAGCCACUACUGCUGUUCAGCCAGUAGUCCUUUGGAAGAAGGGACCAAAAUCCUGAGAAGGAGAAGAACCCAGAAUUUCUUGUUCCCAGGCAGAGCCUUCAUUCAGGCAGCAUGGAUACGCUUGCUCCGAAUAUGCUCUCCAAAUCCUUGGUGAUGGAAUAUUUGGCUCAUCCUGGUGCACUUAGCGUGGCUGCCGGAGUUGCUUGUGGCAUGUGCCUGGGUUGGGGUCUCCGCGUACGCUUUGGGAUGACUCCCAAAAGCUCAGUGAGCGAGAUAGACACAGAGACUGGAAGUGAAGCAAGCAUCUUAGGAGAAAGUGGGGAGUACAAAAUGAUUCUUGUGGUUCGAAAUGACUUGAAGAUGGGAAAAGGGAAAGUAGCUGCCCAGUGCUCUCAUGCUGCUGUUUCUGCCUACAAGCAAAUUCAAAGAAGAAACCCUGAAUUGCUCAAACAAUGGGAAUACUGUGGCCAGCCCAAAGUGGUGGUCAAAGCCCCUGAUGAAGAAACUCUGGUUGAAUUAUUGACCCAUGCAAAAAUGCUAGGACUGACUGUAAGUUUGAUCCAAGAUGCUGGACGUACUCAAAUUGCACCUGGUUCUAGAACUGUCCUGGGAAUUGGGCCAGGACCAGCAGAUCUAAUUGACAAAGUCACUGGUCACCUAAAACUUUACUAGGUGGAAUUUUGUAUGAUGAUUGUCCCACCACAAUGUGUUUUGAAACUGUCAAAUUCUAACAAUAAAACUGAAAUUCUCCCCCUA